AUGGCAGAGCAACAAGGAAAUUUAGAGAAAGUAGCACAUGCACCAAUUCCAUGUGUCCCAAUGACUAUAUUGCAGUAUCAUAACUUGGAGCAAAGGAAGACUGGUGCUGGAGAGUUUGUAGGUCUGUUCAUGAACGAAACAUCAGAGAAAAAGGUGGAGUUGAUAGAGGUUGUUGGUUUCAUCCUCACAGAGAACCCUCAGUACAAAGAGAAUACAUCCACCAAGAGUGACGCCACACAUCGCAGUGUCACCUUGCAAAUAUCAGAUGGUACCGACCGUCUCUUUGCCUACUUCACAGACUCUCUCGAGAUGGAGUAUCCAUUCAAGCCCAAUCAUUACUAUCACUUUAUUGGAAGAGUUAGACCACCUACAACCUUUGACAAGGAGGGAAAGAUGAUAGAGAGCCGAUCGGCUAUAUAUGUGCAGAGCUUCCGCGAGAUCACAGACUUCAAUGAGAUCACCUACCACUUCUCCAGAUGUAUGACUAACUUCCUUCGCAGCAACUUCCCUGCUUUGGUGAUGGAUGAGAUUCGCCUCAUCUGCCAAAACAAGACGAUCAACAACAAGACCAUGCGCCUUCUCGAACAAGGAAAUCACUCAAGGGAGGAUAUUGAGUAA